ACCAGACAUACAGAGAGUUCGGGAGAGACACAGAAAAAUCUGGAGAUCUGUCUUCCGAUCAUCUUUUCUCUCCGAAUUAGUAUAAGUAAUGGCGGACGAACCAUCACUCACUCGUUGGUCUUUCCAGGAUUUUAAGCUCUUCUAUGAUGUUAAGUUUGGGAGGAAGAGGGAGUCCAAGGCAAAAGAUGUGGCCGCAAAUGGUCAUUUCAAUGAUAAAAAAGCCGAAUAUAAUGGGGAUUCUUUGAAUGUGACAUCGAAUGGAAAUGGGCAUGUGAACAACAUAUCUGACCUGGCCAUUUACGAGCAGUAUCGGAGUCAGGGAAGCUCGACACACUACAAUGGGGUUUCAUCUACUGCAAUGGAUGAAAGGCCGCAGAGAUCUCUGCUUCCUGCUUUUGAAUCUGUGGAAAUGCGUGCUUUGGCAGAGAGUUUAAGUAGGGAUAUCAUUCGCGGGAGUCCAGAUGUGAAGUGGGAAAGCAUAAAAGGGUUAGAGAAUGCCAAACGUCUACUUAAAGAAGCGGUUGUCAUGCCAAUAAAAUAUCCCAAGUAG